CCUGGAGAAUGUAUUCGUCAAGCGCAAUUUCCGACCGGCAGCUGUGGAGACGCGUCACCAAGAUGGGAAAGAACGUGCGCAUCCAGGGUUUCCUCAGCGACUACCGCAUCGCCGGCCCCAAAAUCGACAAGGUCUACUUCGACCGGUGCAAGUUUCUGUCGCAGAAGCCGAAACGCAAGAAGCAGAAAAAGAACUUUGGCUGGUUCAUACAGUCGCUAGCCGAUGAACCGUUGGACAAGAAGAAGUUCCGCAGGGCGGUGCGCAAGUUCAAGCUGAAGUUCGACAAGGGUCUGAUCGAGGGACUGCAGAAGAGAUUCACGCUGAAAGGUGAUUUCAUGAACAUCGAACGCAUGAAAAAAUCCUUCAUGGAGCUGUACCCGGACACCGAACCGCUUCCGCCCAAGAAGAAGAAGAAACGGAAACGGAAGAAAAAGAAUAAGAAGGGCGGAGGCAGCGGAAGCGAAUCUACAACGGCCACCUCGAUGACAACACCCACGGAGGACAAGGGCACGGAGACCUCGAGGACGACGUCCAGGAGCGGCACAGAACCGCCCACCGAUACCGAACCCAUAACGACGACGACGAUCACCAACACCGCGUCUGCGACCACGGCGACGAGGCCGUCCAUACUGAAGAGGACUUCUCAGAUGACCUCCAGCAAGGCUCGUAUCUCCGCAUCACCAUCCACCAACGCAGAAGUGCAGAGGACUGCUUCCAAGGCAAGCGUUAAAGCAGCAGUUGACAGUAAAACCGCUGUCGCUACUCCUUCAAAUGUUGCUGCCGCACCCGCUACCGUCGAUGCUGAUGUUCCGGGAGAAGCAAAGAAACAAUCUGCGACUCCGUCACGCAUGUCUCUGCGCCAAAGCAUGAAAUCGACGAAAAGCAACACGGUCAUCAUCAAAGAACCAGCGGAGGAGGAAAAGGCACAGUAAAUCUCCGCAAACAAAUUAGCGCGUAUUUUUUUUAAUGAUAAUAAUAAAAUAGUAAAGAGAGAAGAAAUA